CCAAAAAAAAAAAACAAAAAAUCAAAAUAGAAAAAAAAAAAAAAAGAAUGAAUACCAAAAUAGCAAUAAUAUGUUGUGUAGUAAUAUUUGUGGUGAUUGCAGGUGAUCAAGCUGAAGUUGCAAGAGGUGCGGUGAGCUGCAAUCCCCUGCAGCUGAGCCCGUGCGCCUCCGCGAUCACGUCGUCGAGCAAGCCGAGUGCCACGUGUUGUGCGAAGCUAAAGGAACAAAGGCCUUGUCUUUGCCAGUAUAUGAGGAACCCUAAUCUUCAGAAGUUUAUCAAAUCUUCUGGUGCCAAGAAAGUUGCCAGCUCUUGCCGUAUCCCAUAUCCCAAAUGCUAAGUUAGAUAUUUUAUAUUUAUUAUUACAUAAAUAAAUAUUAUAAUAAUGUCGAUCAUGCUUUUAUUACAUAAUAUAUUGUGACUAUCAUUGUCUAAGUUAUAUAUCCCAUUUUCCCAUUGUUAAGUGUUAUCUCAAUAUAUAAGUUAUAUAAUGAGUUUGUUGAUCUUUAAUAUCUGAUUAUUACUAGUGCCAACUGUCAUGUUAUGUUCUUGGACGGUAAUAGAAUCGGAUUAAAUGUGGCAUAA